UACGGGACCUCAUCAUCCAAAUCAUGACGAGCACACUGCGCCGAUUCGCUGACAAGAGCAUGUUCGGCACAAUCCCCCCCGGGGUGAAUCCGUUUGCUUACAUCCUCAAUCUCAUCACCCCCCAGUACUUUUUACCGCUUUCUAAAUAUACGCUAGGACUCUUGGUAUUUUUCUUCAUCGUUCAUCUGUUGAUUGCGUUAUUCUGUAUCGUAAUAUUGGUAUUACCCUACCUCCGUGGACGAAAACAAUCUCAAUGGUUUCUCAGGAGGCUAUACAUCAAAGAUCGCUCUGGGACGGACGUGUAUAAAACCACAUUGUUCUGGGUCAAUGGCGGGAUCCUUAUGACCACGUCCCAGUUGGUGGGCUCGGUAGCGACUCAAACAUUCAUCUUCAUUCAGAUCAAAGCCGCCAAGUCACUUAAGUAUGCAAUUCAUGCUCAGAUAGAACCUUCUUUGGGAGUCUUGAGCAUGUGCGAAAUGCUUACCUACUGGAGUUUGAUGCAUUGUUUUGUGGUAGCUGUCUACUAUGACCCUGAGACUCAUGGAGUUGUUGCGAAACGCUCGAGGAGAUGGACUCCAUCGCCGACCUUCAUCAACUUUCUGUUUCUUGGUUUCCCGAUCUGCCUCGUCAUUGCGAUCAUCUGUCUGUUUACAUGGCUAUCCAUAGUGCACAAUCGAUUCAUAGCUGAGGCAGUCAAGGUUUUGGAUGCACUCGGAAAGGGCUCGUUUGUUUGGGACCAACUGAACGCUCCGUCGGCGUCCGAUGAACAAAAAUUCCAGCUUACGACUCAGCUACUUCAAAUUGUAGCUGAGGCAAAGGGGCUAAGCGAAGACAUCAACAUUCACUCAAAGCAUUUGAUCAGUUGUUUACGCCAUUUCCAGUGUGCUUUGUUAAUGAUUCUUUCCGUCACUUCCCUGAUUUUUAUCUUUGUAUUUUCGUGCUUGGUCAAAAAAUUUCAACAAAGGCAGCGCCAAUCAGACCGUGUCUCAAGACAAUCAACAUCUUUUUGCAGUUGGCUGAACCUUAAACGUUUUUCGAAGACGAGCGGGGAGAAACAUCACCAGACGAAUAAUAGCUUGAUUAGUAUUGCGAGGUCCAAUCGUCAAUUUUUUCAUCUGGUCCUCAGGGCGGUGUCUAUCAUCAUCGCGAUGCUUACCAGCAUAAGUCUUUUUAUUAUAGGGAUUGUGCGAACAGGCGAUGUCGUCACAAGCUCUUACUGGCGAGGCGUGAUGACAUGGUUAACGACUGUGUCUGGUACCUGGUCUGCCAUCCCGGUUGCCUGGCAAUGUUGGACGCUAUACCGGGAGGAAAUGGGUGGACUGCCACAAGUCUCUGCAAAUGUUGCUCCUUCAACUGAAAAACCAACCCACCAAACAAAUGUCCCAACCAAGCCUUGGGACUGCGAGGCGCAAGAUCGAGAAAGCAUUACUUCGCAGGACAACAACUCCAUUGUUUCCUGUCGUGACUCGUCAGCAAUGAGAGUUCAGUAAUACUUGGAGGGAUUAGUAGCGGCUGUUGUUGCAUACUCAAAGCUUCUCUUGAGACUAACACACUCUUUG